ACCAAUGCCAUCGCAUCUAUCUCUAUCUAAAUUGCUUAUUGCUCAAACCAAACCAACUUCCUUUCUACUUUCUUCAUCUCCCUUUUCCACUGUUCUCCACCCAUGUAUCCCUCUUCCUCCUCCUCUUCCUCUUCUUCCUCCUCCUCUCACUCCAUGAGCCACGCGCCGACAGGCCUCACGCGCUACGGCUCCGCGCCGGGCUCUCUCCUCACCACCACCGUCGAUGCUCUCAUCGGAGGAUCACGCCCCACCCCCACCCCUUACUAUUCCGGAGGAGACUCUUCCGACUCCACCUGCAAAGACCAAACAUCGUAUCACAACCACGCCCUCGGAUCCGCCUUGCUCCGCCAGAAAAGCUCUCCCGCCGGCUUCCUCUCCCACCUCGCCUCCACAGCCACCGCCCCCACCGCCAAUCACAACCAUAAUGGAGCGGGAUUCACAAUCACGCGGGGCUCUCGGUUGAAGUCCCAGCUGAGCUUCACCGGUCACUGCCAGGAAUCUCUCUGCGGCGGCGAUAACACUAACAAUGUGGUGCUCGGCGAUCAUGCCACCUUCGGAAUGGAGCCUUGGGACAGUUCUCAUUCUCAUUCUAAUUCCAUCGCGUUUUCCGCUCCCCCGACUAAGCGCUCCAAAAGCUCCAACUCCAGCGAUCAAGACAUUCUCCAUUGCCUCAACGCCUUGGAAUCUCAGUUUAGCCUUCCACAGACCACUCUCGAGAUGGCAACGGUCGAGAAGCUCUUGCACAUUCCUGAAGAUUCCGUCCCUUGUAAAAUCCGUGCUAAGCGAGGCUGUGCCACUCAUCCCCGCAGCAUUGCCGAACGGGAGAGAAGAACCAGAAUAAGUGGAAAGCUCAAGAAAUUGCAGGAUCUUGUACCUAAUAUGGAUAAGCAAACAAGCUAUGCAGACAUGCUCGAUUUGGCCGUUCAGCAUAUUAAAGGUCUUCAAACACAGGUUCAGAAGCUUCACAAAGAACUUGAGAAUUGCACUUGCGGAUGCACACAAAGCAAAUAACAUUUGUUUUACCAGAUUCUAUGCAAACGCGCAUAGAAGUCAAGGUUUUGAUGGCAAAGCAAGAAAACUGAUUUUGUACCGACCUACUUAAAUGAAUAAUGAAGAAACCGAACGUCUGUAGAUUGUCAAUUCUACAAUUGUACAGUGUAUGUUGUAAUAUGGUAGUCUAGGAAAAUUUGUUCGUUUUCUUCAAGAAUUGCCUUUUUUAAAGUCCAGGUUGAUUUUCUUUGGAGGUUGUUUAUUCCUUUGUUUGGGUAAGUAUGGUACAAUGAGUGAUUAAUUUAAUUUUUGGAGUCAGGACCAGAAUAGAAGUGAGAAUGGGAUGAAUUAGAGAAUGAAACUUCCAAUCCUGUUCAUAAUUUGAUCCAGUUAGGAAUGAAAUAUAUUUUGUCUCUUCGUUAUUGUUUGACGAAUUACUGUAGUACAAGUUUAUAACCAAUGUCAAA